AACUGGGUUAGAUUAACAUAAAGCGGGGCGAGCCCUUAUGCGGUCAGGCCCGAUUCAUUGUUGAAACCAACAUGGCAUUACCCGCACCGAUUUGGGCCACAUCAUCAACACCGUAACCAAUAUAGACUUUCUUUCUAUUCACUGUUAACUGUUUAGCAUAGCAGACUGCAGAGAGCAUCUAUGGCGGAUCCCUAUUACCCUUACGUUCCUGACGGAGGAAUCUCAAGAACUACCUUUCCUGGUUACAUUCCAGCCGAGCCACCCUCUUUGGCUUCCCCUCUUCUCUCCAAUUCCACCGCCUUGCGUGCUGCUGCAUCUGAUUACAUGCAGAGCGAUGUAAGUUUUUUGCGUAUGAGUGCAUACGGUGUUGAUGAUGCUCUGCUGGGUUCUGCGGUUCGUUCCGAAUCUGUUUCAAUGGCUCCAACAGGGCUUGACAUAAAGGGGGCUUAUUCAACUCUUGAAGACCCUACUGAUCUUGGCAAAACUCGUGAUGCUUCGUUACCUGUUAAUCCGGUUAUAAGUAACGAACGGACUGUCUCGAAGAUCGAUUACGAUGCUCUCUCGAAUUCGCUGCCUGAAUCCAAUGUUCUGUUUGUUGGUGGACUCCCAAAAGACUGCACCAGAAGGGAAGUUGGUCAUCUUUUCCGUCCCUUUAUUGGCUAUAAGGAUAUUAGAGUUGUUCACAAGGAGCCUAGACGGAGUGGAGACAAGGCUUUGACAUUGUGUUUUGUGGAAUUUGUUGAUUCCAAAUGUGCUCUCACUGCAAUGGAAGCUCUGCAAGUCUACCACAUGAUCAUGGUGAGUAGGCAGCACUCAGCAGCAUAUUAGUCUAACAUUCACUGGAACUGCUUCUUUGACCAUGAGAAUCUGCUUGAUGCCAGUUAAGAUGAACUAUAUGUGGUGGAUAAAUUUGCUAUUAGGUUCCAUAGUUGAGAUCACUUACCUGUUGGUGAAUAUGGGAAUAAAGGAUCAAUUCCCGUCAGCAAGCCCAUUUUUCAUCUUGGAUUUUGUUUAGGAUUUUCGUUAUUAUUUUUUGGCCUCAAACCUUUCUACUCAAAGGGGAUAAGGCUGUGUACAUUAGAUGUAUUAUUUGCACCUCGGCUUUUAAUUUUAGUAUGGUCAAGCAGGGAGUUGUAGUAGUAAGAACCUGGAGCCUUUUCAACUUGUACUCUGGCAUCACUUUGUGCAUGAUAUCAUCGUAAUGUAUAAACCAUGAUAUUCCAUAUAGAUUACGUUUUCUACCAUAUAUAUCACUUUGGUUUACUAUCUCCCCCGAUCCAAGGGGAA